AUGACGCAAGUCGGUGCCCGAGGAGCUGAGAUAUCCGCCCUGGUCGACGUGCUCCGCUCUGCAGACGCGUCGGCCUCCGCACCAGACCUCUCUUCGAACCAAGCGGCAGCGUACCUCUCCCAUCUCACCACCCUCUCGCUCCCCUCUCUCCAGGCAGAGCCCACCAACCUCUCCUCGACCUCGUCCCAGCUCACGAACGCCCUCACGACCCUCUGCACGUCCUCGUACCCCACCUUCAUCUCCCUGCACACGGCAAACACCGGCCUCUCAGGGACCCUCUCGUCCUUCUCCGCCUCCCUGAACCACCUCCUCGACGACAUACCCGCCCUCGAAUCCGCUUCGCGCUCCUUCCUCACAGAGAUCCGCGAUGUGCAAGCGGAGAGACGACGCGCAGCGCUCGUGAUCGAGCACAGCGCAAAGCUGCAGGACGUCCUGGAGCUCCCUCUCCUCGCCGAAACCUGCGUCCGCAACGGCGCCUUCCAAGAAGCCCUCGACCUCGCCGCCCACGCCGCGAGCCUCGCCGCGCGCUUCCCCGACGUGCCAGUCGUGCAAGACGUCCGCGCAGAAGUCCACCACGCCGUCCGCGCGCUGCUCGUGCAGCUCCUCGGCACGCUCCGCGAGCCCGCGAAGCUCCCCGCGCUCUUCAAGGCCGUCAGCUUCCUCCGCCGCAUGCACGUGCUCCCCGAGGACGCGCUCGCGCUCGCGUUCCUCACCGGCCGCCUGGAGAACUUCGACGCGGGCCUGCUGGCCGUCGAGAUGGGCGCCGAGCGCGCGCAGGACAGGGAGGCGUGGGUGCGCUACCUGAAGAAAUACAUCGACGUCUGGCGCGAGGGCGUGCACGACGUCGUCACCCAAUACACGACCAUCUUCCUCGACCGCCCUACCGCAGCCUCGACCGCGUCCGCCCCCCCACCGCCGCCCCCCUCGCCCACCGUCCGCGCCCUGCUCCCGACGUUCACCUCCCACCUCCUCGACCGCCUCCUCGCCACGCUGCGCACCGCCCUGCCCCACAUCCCCGACCCCAGCUCCCUCACGUCCCUCCUCACGCAGCUCACCUACUGCGCGACGUCCUUCUCCCGCCUCGGGCUCGACUUCCGCCUCCUCCUGCCCCCGCUCUUCGAAGACGCCGUGCGGAACAGCGUCGCGCGCGAGCUGCGCGACGCGACGGAGGCGUGGCGCGGCGCCCUCAAGCGCGCCUCCAAAAGGCCGAGCGCGUGGCUCGCGGUGCCCGGCGCGCCGCCGCCGCAGGAGGACACGCUCGCAGGCCCGCCGCACGCGCCGCCGCACCUGCUGGCGUCCUACCCGCCGCUCGCGGAGUACGCGAACGCCGUGCUGGGCAUGCUGAACGGCCUCCGCCUGCUCGCGCCGGUGUCGCUCCUGCCGGAGCUGCUGCGCGCGCUGGAUGCGGCCGUGGUGGACGCGGCGCGGGCGCUGUUGGAGUAUGCGGGGCGUUUUGAGGGCGAGGCGGAGCAGAAGGGGGUCGUGGCGGCGACGGGGCGAGUCUUUGUUGCGGUGUUCGUGCCGUUUGUGCGGAGGGCGUUGGUGGAGGGGGUUUAUGGAGCGACGAUGGAACAAGGGGGCAGCAUGAGCGAAGAUUUACGGACGACGGUUCAGCAGUGGGAAGGAUGGCUCGGCGAAGUAUCGAAUCCUGUUCAUUAGUUCUAUUCCGGUAAUACAGCAU